AUGACUAUUGCUUCUAUCGCUCCCAUUGCCGGGGAAAAGCGCGGCUCCAUUCCCCUCACCACUUUGCUUCGUCUUAACCAUGCAUUACAAAAGUCCAUUUUUUCUAGAAAAUUUUAUCAGCAAAUCAGCGAUAAGGUGCUCGCUUCCACGGCAACUGUAGAUGCCAAUCUUUAUUUUAUUUGCUACUUCACCCUCUUGGUGUCGAGUGUGCUCAACAACAAACCGCAAAUUAGGUUUUUUCUUGCACAAAGAAAGCACCAAUUGCUUCAACUUUUGCGCCGGGCUGUUGCAGCCACCAUGGGUUCCGAUCUUCGUCAGUCGCUGAAUAAAAAAGUUGCUGAGGUCUUUCUGGGUGAGAAACCUAGCUGGUCCCAGUAUGAGCACAAGGGCGAAAAGCCGGUUUCGUCACUUGCUGUUCAUUUGAAGGCAAUUUCGUCGUACUUGCUGGAUAUUCGAAUUUUCAACCGGCUCACAGACUCCAUAAAAUAUAUGCCGUGGAUCAUCGAUGAGUUCGCUGCCAUGGUGAAACCGGGAGAUUCGGUUCCACGGUCGCAUCGCGUGGUCAACUUUGUCCAGUCGAUCAAUUGUUUGGUAUUGGAAUUGUUCGAAAAUGCUGGUUGGUUGACCGACCAUAAUUGGGUAGGAACCGGUGACAACGACUACUGGUGCAUGGAGACCUACAUAUGGUGCUCGCGCGUGUGGGGACUCUACUUGGUUUUAGAGGUGGUGGAGUUGUUUAGAAGGGUUCCCAUCAGUAAAUGGGACGCCAAUUGGCGUCUUAGUUUGUUCAAGCAGGUGGUUCAGCUUCCAUUGGUGGUGCACUGGUCUUUGCGUGAAGGGUGUCUUUCGCCGUUCUGGGUGGGUCUUUUCGGAUCCGGUGCGUCGUGGUGGGGCUUCCGGGACUUGUGGGGGUCUAUAGACUUGAGCUAA